AUGGGAAACUGCGGGUGCAAAGGAGAAAGUCAUGAGAUUGAUGACUACCUUAAGAGUAAUAUUGCUCAGGAAUUAAUAGCUAUUAUAGGACAUCAUAAGCCGUAGAUCAAGGCUGAGAAGGAUAACUACGAGUUGUCUAAGCAGGACAGAGAAGAAGGAGAUCAGAACUUAGUGGUUAGAGAUAGUGAUUUGAAGAGAUACCUCGAUAAGAAGGGUAGAAAUUCAUAAGUUAAUGGAAGAGAAGGAGACUAAGCUGCUGAUGGGGAGGAGAUAAAUGAGGAUUUAUUGAGAGAAAUGUGUAUGCUCAGCAAUUUGUCCACAUCUAACGGAUCUGCAAAACAAGGUGGCCUCCCACCAUUCAGACCCAAGCAAGAGAAGAGUGGGCUACAGUCUGGAACUCAGAAAAUUUAAGAGAAUUACGAGAUAUCUCUUGAUACAGAUGUUGGCACAGAUGGCAGACCAAGAUUCAAGGAAGAGAUUAAGCUUCCACCACAAUAUGAGUCAAUAGACUUGAAUGAUCCAAAUGAUGAUGUGCUUUUCCAAGGUGAACUAGUCAAGUACAAAGCAGGUUUAAAUCCAAGCUACUUGAACAGGUGGGUUUAAGUGACUGAGAAGAGUUUCAGAUACUUUAAGGGCAGAUGCAAUGCUAUAACUUGCUGCAACAAACCACUUACUGCUAUUCCAGUUCUAGCCAUUAAGAAAGUUGAAAGAGUUAACUUCAGCUUAUUUUUCAAUAAAAAAGAGCAGGAUAGAGCUUCACAAUUCAAUGGAAAUUAAUUUGAAAUCUUCUUGAAAGAUGACUUCAUUGAUAUUUACUUGAGACCCGAGUAUGAGCAGAGAAUAGCUAACGGGCAUGGCCAUAGUCACUCUCACAUUCAUGGGGUAAACGAAAGUAAAAUACAAGGAUCUCCUUAAAGAAAUUCCAAUUUUUAUGCUUCAAGCCACAGCUUAUUGAACGCUGAUCCAAAUAGAACAUCCUCACCUAGUAGAGUUAAGCAUGGCAGUCCAGGCAAGGUAAGAGGCUAAGGAGGUGAGUCACAUCCAUUUACUGCUCCAGAGAUGAAAUAAAGAUUCUUAAACCUAGAGGAAGGUCAAAGGUAUUCAAACUUGCAAGACAAAAUUAUGCAGUCAGUCAACACCUAAGGAUCCUGGUCAAACAGAGAGGAAGAAUGGUUCUUCACUAACAAAAGACUUUUAUUCUCUACUAAGUCAUCGGAGAUUACUGAUUAAUGGGUAGAAAAGCUUAGUGCACUCGUCACCUCAGAUUGA